AUGCAUUUAUUCCCUCUCCUUUUCUUGGCUCUUGCCGAGAUCGUUUCUGCCAGAAGUCUACCAGCUGUUGAACAACGGAGAAGCAUUCUCAAUACCACGGCAUUGGCAAACAACUCAUACUACCCACCUAUACCAGUCAACACGAAUUUUGCAGACUUUGUUCCUAAUAUGAAAGGAAUACCAUUGAUCUCCAUAAAUGAGAGUGUCCAGCCUUGGAACGGAGCAAUUAAGCACGUGAAAACUGCUCCAACACCACGUACAGAUGCACUGUUGGCAGCAAGAAGCUGCGGUGGGCCAGUAGUUACCAAUCCUGGUACUUUCUGGUACGAGCAGAUCACGCAUAAUGGGAUUUCUCCUUUCAUCAACGACGGCGCAUCAUGGCCAGUUUUUCGAAACGUGAAGACCAACUAUGGUGCUGCAGGUGAUGGAUCAACAGAUGAUACGGAUGCCAUCCAAAAUGCUAUCAACGCUGGAAUCAAUGGAAUCACUCGAGACCAAAACCAGCUGGGGACGACAGGUCAGCCAGCUGUGAUAUAUCUCCCACGUGGCGUCUAUAUUCUCUCGAAACCACUCCAGUUAUACGUUGGCACCGUGCUGAUGGGGGACCCAUUGAGCCCUCCCACCCUCAAAGCUGCAUCAGGAUUCAAUGGAAAUGUCCUAAUUUACGGCAAGGACCCACACCAAGAUGCAACAACGAAUUUCUACAUCGGAGUCAAAAAUCUUGUCUUUGAUUCGAAUAACAUCAAUAAGGAUACGCAGUUUACGAUCAUUGACUGGAGCGUCAGCCAAGCUACCCAACUCACCAAUUGUGUCUUCAACAUGCCGAGCUUUUCUAGUGGGCAUACAGGAAUUUCAAUGCCUGAAGGAGGAAGUGGAACUUAUCUUGGUGACUUGCAGAUCAAUGGCGGUGUUGUUGGUAUUGAUAUGUCCAACCAGCAAUACAUGGUCAAGGGGGUUGCAUUCAAGUUUUCCACCACGGGGAUUAAGUUGUCCCAUUGCUUUGAUUGCAUUAUUCAGGACUGUACAUUCCAGGAUCACAGUGUUGCGAUAGACAUGACCUCGAACUCUGUGGGCUCGCUUGUUGUCUUGGACUCUUCGGCUCAAGAUGUUGGCACCUUUGUUGCUACAGUCAACACCGGAAAUGGAGCUUCAUCAUUGAUUCUGGAGAAUGUUCAGAAUAAUGGUGGGGGUUCUGCGCAAACUGUCAUGGCCAGUGGAAACGCUAUCUUAGCUGGGAACGUUGCAGAUACAUGGGUCAUGGGAAAUACGUACACACCAGGUGGCUCUCCAUUGGGAAGCUAUGUAGGAGGAGCAACUUUCACGACCCCCCGCUCCUCAAACUUGCUUCAAAACGGCAACUACUUCACCAUGGCCCCCCCAACUUACCAAGAGUACGCCCUCGAUCAAUUCAUCAACAUCAAGUCCGUCUCUGGCCUUCCAGUCUUCGGCGAUGGAGUCACAGACGACACUGCCAAUAUCAACUCAAUCCUCUCCACUUACGCAAACUGCAAAAUCAUUUUCUUCCCACAAGGAACGUAUCUGGUCACCAACACGAUCUUCGUUCCCGCCGGCUCUCGGAUCGUAGGCGAAGCAUGGUCAGCUAUCUCAGCCGUGGGAAGCAACUUUUGGAACCCAACAAGUCCUGUGCCCAUGGUCCAGGUAGGCAAUGCUGGUGAUGUCGGCGUUGCUCAGAUCUCAGAUAUGCUCUUCACGGUAGCUGAUGUCCUGCAAGGUUGUCAACUUCUUGAGAUCAACAUCGCAGCCUCCAACCCCGGAGAUGUAGGCUUAUGGAACUCCCACUUCCGCGUCGGCGGAGCAGCUGGAUCAAAGGUUCAGACGAACUGCGCUGGUUCCCCAGCUGAUUGCAAAGCAGCGUUUGGUCUUCUACAUCUCACAGCCACUUCCUCGGCUUAUAUUGAAGACAUGUGGGGUUGGACCGCAGACCACGACCUCGACGGCGGAAACGGCCAAAACAUCGCCGUUGGCCGCGGUGCCCUCAUCGAAUCUUCAUCUGCCUCCAACGGUGGACGAGGAACCUGGUUAGUCGGCACGGCUUUCGAACACAACACCCUAUACCAGUACAAUUUCCACAACGCAAAAGAUAUUUAUGCUGGUAUGCAGCAAUCUGAGACGCCGUACUGGCAAGGACCUGGCUUUGCAGAAGACGUUCUCGAUCCUGCUCCGUGGGCACCGGCACUCGUCACGCCCUACGGAGAUCCUGAUUACUCGAACUGUGGAGGCGGAGAUUCGCAAUGCAGGAUGGCUUGGUUUGAGUAUAUCACCUCGUCGACGAAUCUUUUCCUCUAUGCUACUGGAUUCUGGACGUUCUUUAAUGGUAAUGAUUUGAGUAAUUGUAAUAACAAUGCGGCGUGUCAGACGAAUGCCAUCGAUAUCCAGGGCAGCAGUGCCAUUUAUAUGUAUGGGGUUAAUACGAAGAGUAAUUUGAAUAUGGUGACGGGGGAUAAUGGGUUGUUGGUUACGAUGAACAACAAUCCUGGGGGGUGGGGCGGGGUUGUUGCUGCCAUGUUGGCUGAGGGGUAG